CGAGGCGACUGGGGUCCAGCUCUCUUAGACCCGCUCUUGGUUCCUUAGCAGCCAAGGACAGUGGGGAGGGUCCGGGGCCAGACCCCCGGGCGGGGCUGCGCAAAUUCGAGAAACUCGGCAGGUUAUGUACAAGCUGAUAACUUGUUUAUCCCUACGGUAAACAAGGCACGUGGCGGAUGAGCAGGGCGGCGAGGCCGCAGAGUGAAGCAGCGGGGCGGGCCUGGGAAGCAGAGGACGAUGACAUGGCAGAAGGCGAUUUAGGGUACGGCCUCAGAAGAAGGCCCGGCGGCAUUGGUGAAGCGCAAGUUUCACAUUUAUUUACAUCUAGAAAAAGAUCAGAUGGAAAGGCCUUUAGUCCUCCCCCAUUUUCAAGAAAUGGGGAAGAAAGAAACAGUGCCGUUUUUCAGUAUUCCAAGCAUAAGAGCUUGCAUGAUACAUACCCGGAAGGACCCCAAAUUCCCUACCACGGCCGACAAAGUAGCACUGAUUCUAAUUCAGAGUUGUCAAAUGUGGAAUUAAGGCAACGCCUUCAGGAAACUCUAGAGGAGUUAGAAAUUUUGAAAACUGAGCUUGAGGCAUCUCAAAGACAACUUGAAGGUAAAGAGGAAGCAUUGAGAAUUCUUCAAAGCAAUGCAAUAUUUGGCAAAGCCACAAGUCAUACCCAGGCAGUGCUUCAAAAAACUGUGGAACAAAAGAGAUCCUUGGAGAAGGAAAUAAAUGCCUUGCAGUGGGAAAUAGAAUUUGAUCGCAAUAGAUUUAAAAAUAUAGAGGAAUCUUGGAUCCAAAAAUAUGACAGGCUAAACUGUGAAAAUGCAGUCUUCAAAGAAACUUUGAAACUGAAAACAGAAGAAAUUAAAAUGCUCAAGUCUGAAAAUGCAAUUUUGAAUCAACAGUAUUUGGAGGCCCUCGCCAUGCUUGAUAUCAAACAGCGGAAGAUGGCUCAGGAAAACACAUGCCGGGACACAAGUGGCUUUACAGAGGUUUCAGGUCUUGAGCUUGCAGUCCUGGGAGCCUGCCUUUGUCACGGUCCCAGAGGGAGCCCCUGUACCUGUGCCAGACUGGCAGCAUCUACUCGGAAAAUGCUCCUUCAGGUCAAACAGGAGUUGGAACUUCUGCAGAAGAGUAAAGAAGAAGCCUACAUAAUGGCAGAUGCAUUCAGAAUUGCAUUUGAGCAACAAUUAAUGAGGAAAAAUGACCAGGCACUAAGAUUGACACAAAUGGAUAAAAUAUGUAAGAAAGCAACAAAAGGGACAAAUUGGAAGCACCUUAAAGAUGAUGGGUUACCAUCGCAAAGGAGUAAGAAGAACUUAGGGCAGAAACUGUUGGGUAUGCUCCCUUUGGAAAACAGUUCUAAGAGUACUGAUGACCAGCAUGAUCCUCAGGAAGUCUUUAAGGUGCUAACAGAUUUGUUAAAUGAUAAAGAAGAAGCUUUGGCUCAUCAAAGAAAAGUUAGUUACAUGCUUGCUCGGGCUUUGGAAGACAGAGGCACCACCUCAAAAGAGAAUAAAGAAAAAAAUCCCAUGAAAGACAAUUCUCCAUUAAAAAACCCCUGGCAGAAAACUUCAGAAUUCCCUGUUUUACAUGAUCCUGUACAUUCACGUGUUCAAAUUUUUAAUUCUGUGGGCUGCAUUUGUUCAAUUCAGCACUUUCAGACAGAUCAAAACUACACAAGAACUCUUAAAAGAUCCUAUUCUUUGCCAUCAAAUAUCAUGUACUGAAGACAAACCAGUUGAAAUUACAACUGAGAGCUAUUUAUAUCAAGACUUUGAAAACGGACCGUGUAAAUGUUGCUGCAUCUUCAGAAGUUGUGUUUUCCGGGUAUUUCUAAAUUUGGGGAAGCAGCUUAAAUAAAUGUUCUCUACAAGAAA